AUGUCUGGAGUAGGUCGUUCCAUCCCAAGAGAUCUUGUCAUUGAGAUUCUCUCGAGAUUGCCUGUGAAAUCCAUCGCAAGGUUUCGGUGCGUUUCGAAGCGAUGGGCUUCGACUCUCUACCAUCCAGACUUCACGGAUCUGUUCCUGAAAAAGUCUUUGGCUCGUCCUCGUCUUUUCUUCGUCGUCAAACUCAGAGGUAAGUUUGUCUUCUUCUCGACACCUCUACCUCUAAAUCCAGACCAAAACUCGUCGUCUCCUUUAGUUGCCGAUCUUCACAUGAGUUUCUCCACGGAAGAUUCUUAUUCCGGGGUUACUCCUCCUGUCUGCGGAUGGCUAUGUAGUAAAGUUAAGAAUCCAGUGAUGUGUAACCCUAGCACUGGACAGUUCAUAACUUUACCCAAAGUGACGUUGACGGGAACUGUGCAUACCUAUUUGGGGUAUGAUCCGAUCAACAAACUAUUCAAGGUACUGUGCGUGUCCGAGGAUGGUUGUCGAGUUUUGACGUUUGGAAAUGGAGACAUGUCAUGGAGAAUGAUCGAUUGUCCGAUUCCCCAUUCCCCUUUACGUAAUGAGAUAUGCAUCAAUGGAGUUUUGUACUAUGCGGCUGCAUCAACCGUAGAGGGCAUGCCGCCUUAUCUGAUAGUUUGCUUUGAUGUUAGGUUUGAAAAUUUCACGUUUCUAGUUGUGAACAUUAAGAUUUGGAAUUCAAAUCUGAUCAAUUGCAAUGGAAAAUUGGGAGCAGUUCUCCCUGAUUCCUUCUUUUGCUUCACUCGACGUAGUACAAGUCUUCAACUGUGGGUUCUUGAAGAUGUCGAGAAUCAGAAGUGGUCGAAGCAUAGCCAUGUAUUUCCGCCUUUGUGGAGGGAUAUUGUUGGGGAGCUUAACAUUGUUGGGAUGACUGGUACAGGUGAAUUUGUGUUUGCCCCAAACGCUCAACUCAACCCCUACAUUUUCUUCUACAAUGUGGUGAGGAACACUGUCAGAAGAGUAAGAGUCCAAAUCCAGUUAGGAGCUUUAGCUUCUAAGUAUGGCAAGAUCUACACAUUUGUGGACCAUGUUCAAGAUGUGAAGCUUAUGGAAGCGCCUAGGAGUUCAUAG